CUAAGAUUCCUUUUUUCCCUCGCCAGAGAUGAAAAACUUUUAAGCUCUGCUCGAAAAUCUUUUGUCUCUCUUUCUCUCCCUGUCUAAAUCUAAAUAUUAUACUCUCUAAAUCACUCUCUCUCUCUAGACCUAUUCCAUAUUUAAUCCAAUAAAUCUCAUUUUCCGUCGACGUUCCUGCACAUCAAAAUUCCCACUUUCUCUCUCUUAGAAGACACUUGCAAGAACAAGAAAGAAAGCAAACAAACAAAAAAGCUCAAAUUUUGAUUUCUGGGUCUGUGGAAGAAGAUGACUGUGGAACAAGAUUUUGUUUCCUUGGAUCAGUUUCCUGUUGGAAUGAGAGUUCUUGCCGUUGACGAUGACCAGACUUGUCUUCGUAUCCUCGAAACCUUGCUUCAUCGUUGUCAAUACCAUGUUACAACAACGAACCAGGCACAAAAGGCUCUAGAGUUGUUGAGGGAGAACAAGAACAAGUUUGAUCUUGUUAUUAGCGAUGUUGACAUGCCUGACAUGGAUGGUUUCAAACUCCUCGAGCUCGUUGGUCUUGAAAUGGACCUACCUGUCAUAAUGUUAUCUGCCCAUAGUGAUCCAAAGUAUGUGAUGAAAGGAGUUACUCAUGGUGCAUGUGACUAUCUACUGAAACCGGUUCGUAUUGAGGAGCUGAAAAACAUAUGGCAACAUGUGGUGAGAAGCAGAUUUGAUAAGAACCGUGGGAGUAAUAACGGUGACAAGAGAGAUGGAUCAGGCAAUGAAGGUGCUGCAAAUUCUGAUCAGAACAGUGGGAGAGCCAACAGAAAACGUAAAGAUCAGUACAAUGAAGAUGAGGACGAGGAAAGAGAUGAUAACGAUGAUCCUUCUACUCAGAAGAAGCCACGUGUUGUUUGGACUGUUGAGCUUCACAAGAAGUUUGUAGCUGCGGUUAACCAAUUGGGAUUUGAGAAGGCAAUGCCUAAGAAGAUUCUUGAUCUUAUGAAUGUUGAGAAGCUCACUAGAGAAAAUGUGGCUAGUCAUCUUCAGAAAUUUCGACUUUACUUGAAGAGGAUUAGUGGUAAUCAGCAAACUAUAAUGGCAAACUCUGACUUACACUUCUUGCAAAUGAGUUCUUCUCUCGGUGGACUUGACGGUUACCACCACCGCCCAAUCCCCGGUCAGUUCCACGGUGGAGCCACCGCGAUGAGACCUUUCCCUCCAAACGGGAUUCUUGGUAGACUCAACACUCCUUCAGGGAUAGGUGUCAGGAACCUUUCAUCUACUUCUUCAGGGAUGUUCUUGCAAAACCAAACCGAUCUUGCAAAGUUUCACCAUGUCUCAUCACUUCCUCUUAACCACAAUGACGGAGGAAACAUACUUCAAGGGAUGCCUAUGCCUCUAGAGUUCGACCAGCUUCAGUCAAACAACAACAUCAGAAACAUGAACAACAACAACAACAAGAACACGAUUGCUUAUCCUAGCUUCUCUACACAACAAAGCUCUCUCAUCGGUGCUCCUAAUAACAAUCUCUUGGUUCUUGAAGGUCAUCCACAAGCAUCGCCUCCAGGCUUCCAAGGACACCAGAUCAAUAAACGUUUGGAACAUUGGCCAAACGCUGUAUCCUCAUCUCCUGCUCAGAACAGUAAUAGCAUCAUCCAUCAUCAGUUUGAUGUCUCUCCCAUACCGCAUUCUAAACCGGAUUCUUUGGAAUGGAGCAAUGGUCCAACAUCAAGCUAUUCUAUCCCAUUUUGUGACUCUGCAGCUCCAUUGAGUCCAGCCUUGGAUACAAACACUCAAGCGUUUUGCAGAAACACAGAGUUCAACUCAAAUGCAAAUGUGCAAACCGGAGGAGUCUACUAUGAUUCAUUGCAGAUGAGGCAAUACGGUCCAAGCACUGAUGCUAUGUUGUUGAGUAGUAACCCCAAGGAAGGAUUCAUCGUUGGGCAUCAGAAGUUACAGAGUGGAUUCUUGGGUGCAGAGGCUGGUUCUUUAGAUGAUAUAGUCAACUCCACAAUGAAGCAGGUGAACAGAGCCAAGGAGAUUUAUCUGGAGGAGAAUUGGGAUAUGGAGGCUUUAGCUCACUCAGGACAUGCAUAUGACUGGGAGAGAAGAUUUAGACAUAAAUCAAAACCAUCUUUGUGAUUGCUUUUGUCUCUUUCUUUCUCAUAUUUUCCUCUGUAUUGAUAUUGUAAACUAUUUUUUUUUUUACUUUCCCACUGGUUAUAGCAAUUUAGGAAUCUAAAGAAAUAAUAAAAAAGAAUUCAUAAAAUUUUUUUUUACCA